AGGGGAACUGUGUCCGGCGUCUUCUUUCUUCCACAUCCCUAAUCAUCGCGAACAAAAAUUCUGCGGCGUCGGAUUCGCCGUUCUUCUUAUCAUUCAAUCGAUCAUACCAUUCAAUUCGUCUCAGAUCCACACGAUGGAUGAUUUGGAUUCGUUUCAAGACCACAAUUGGGACCUCUCUAAUUUCGAUUGCUUCGUCAACGACGUUUCUCCCUGCUCCGAUCCUUUAUUGGAUCAUCAUUCAAUUUCGUCGAGAUCUUCAGAUGCAGUGGAUACAUCACAUCAUGGCACUACAUCUCAAGGAAAUGAAUAUUUGCAGUCAGAAUGCCCAAGAAAGAGGAGACACAUGGAUAUAUGCUGUAAACUGGGGACUAAAGCUUGCCGUGAGAAAGUAAGAAGGCAAAAUUUGAAUGACAGAUUUGCAGAUCUAUGCUCUGUUCUACAACCUGACAGACCCGUGAAAACAGACAAAAUGGCAAUACUUGGGGAUGCUGUUAGAGUUAUAAACCAGUUAAAGACUGACUCUCAAGAGUAUCUGGAAAUGAAUGAAAAGCUUUUGGAAGAGAUCAAAAGUUUAAAGGCUGAUAAGAAUGAACUCCGUGAAGAGAAAAAGAAACUGAAGGCGGAUAAGGAGAGAUUAGAACAGCAGUUGAAAACGGUGGCUGUACCGCCUGCUGGUUUCUUGCCUUCCCAUCCUGCCGUAUAUCAGCCCGGUUUUGGUUAUCUUCCCAUGUGGCAGCCGUAUCUAACUCCACCGGCUCGCGAUCCAUCUCAAGACCACAAGUUCUGGCCUCCUGCUGGUUAAUUCUUUGGCAGAUUAUGGCUUCGUUUGGGAACAACGUUUGUUAUUAGUGUUAGCAUUUUCAAUUAAUUGUUUAAUGGUGGAGAUUAACCAGCUACUAGUGGAUAGCAUUUUCAAAACGUUGAAGCUAAUGCCAAACGAAACCUAUAUAUGAUCUUGUUGGCCAUUUAUUGUUCUUGUAAAUAUUGGCAAUGCUUCCAAUUUACAAGUUGGCCUUUGUCUCUAACCCCACUCUUCUCAUUAAAAAUUGUAUAUUCUCUAUUUCCAGUGCUUGUUACUUGACUUUGCAAUUCUAUUUGGCCUUCAAGUUUAUUAUACUGUAGUAAUCAAUUUGCAUUUUAUCU